AUGGACCCAGGUUCUGAGCCCCACACGUCCCGUGGACCCACGUGUCCCGUGGCCCCAGGCCGGCCCCCCCGCCCCGGCCGCCCCUACAUCUGCAGCGAGUGCGGCAAAGCCUUCGGCCAGUGGUCGAAGCUGUCCCCGGCGUACAUCUGCAGCGAGUGCGGCAAAGCCUUCGGCCAGUGGUCGAAGCUGGAACGUCACCGGCGCAGCCACACCGGCGAACGCCCCAACGCCUGCGGCGAGUGCGGCAAACGCUUCGCCCAACGCUCCCACCUCGCCCAGCACCUCCGGACCCACACCGGCGAGCGGCCCUACAAGUGCGGCGACUGCGGCAAAGCUUUCGGUUGGAGCUCCAACCUGGCCCAGCACCGCCGCACCCACACCGGCGAGCGCCCCUACGCCUGCGCCGAAUGCGGCAAAGCCUUCAGCCAAAGCACCAACCUGGUGAAGCACCAGCGCGCCCACGCCGGCGAGCGACCCUACGCCUGCGGUCAGUGCCGGAAAGCGUUUUACCGUAGCUCCGAUCUCCUCCAACACCAAGCCAGCCACUCUGGCGAACGACCCUACCGUUGCGGCCAGUGCGGCAAGAGCUUCGCCCAGCGCGCCAACCUCCUCAAGCACGGCAAGACCCACGGCGGCGAGAAGCCCUUCCGCUGCGGCGAGUGCGGCAAAGGCUUCGUCCAAAGCUCGGAGCUCAUCCAGCACCAGCGCAGCCACAGCGGCGAGAAACCCUUCGCCUGCGCCGAGUGCGGCAAACGCUUCGGCCACGGGGCCACCUUGUUGGCCAAGCACCGGCGGUUGCACUUGGGUUUUCAUGCCCAGCGCCGGCAGCCAUGCCAUGGCCAACGCCGGUGGCCAUAA